AUGACGUUUAACGGUGGAGGUAAGCCAUAUCCCGUCGUCUAUUACGACGGCGAAAGAGAAUUCGACCUUGGAAUUCUCACGGUGAACCCCACUAUGAACAUCAAGAAUAUUCUCUCUAUCCUCAGUCACAAGAUUGGGAUCUUGCCACACCAGUUUUCUGUGUUUAUAGCCAACAAAAGAACUAAUCGGAAAAUUCCUUUCACCGCUUAUCUCAACCUCGCCACCGUGUCUCGUGACGGAGGCGCUGAGUAUAUAUAUGUUAGGCGGUAUAGACGGUUUAAGAAGAAGAAGAACAUAUCUGAGAAACUCAUGCAUCUGCGUCGAGACGGAGUUGUUGACGGAAAGAAGAUUAACGGUUCACGGUCGGCGUAUCCGGUGGCGUCUUCGGUUUUUGGUGGAGCUGAAUUCGAGAGAAGGUUGAGGAUUUUACACAAGAAAGGAGAUGCGGCGUUCUUGAUGAGAAUGAAUGCGAUUUUGGCAAGGGGGGUGCAGAUGGGAAACGGAGGCGGGAGCGGGGGUGAAGGUGGACGUACUUUGUGUAAAGAGUGUUUGAAGGCGGAAGUGGAGACUGAUGCCGGUUUUCAUCUAUGCGUUCGCGAUGAGGUGGUUGAAGGGUUUAGGACAACGGCGGGACCGAUUUUCCGACCGGCAAGAAGUUCCGGCGAGAAUGGUCACUGA